GUACCCGUUCCAGUGACAAGACAAGACUGACUGAGGCUGACAGAAAUAUUUUGAGAUUUGCAUCAAGAGGACGUGAUCGUUAAGUUAGUUGGAAUUUGCUUUGUUUAUUAGAUCAGUUUUUAAAAGGCGUCCUACGUAAGGGACAGAAAUGAGUGACUUUGGCGGUCCAGGUCCUUCACGGCAAGGCCGUGGAGGCAACGGGAAUAAACGUCCAUGGCGGCAGAGAUCUCACGACGGCAGGGGCCGCGGCGCGGCGCGCGGGGGCCGAGGCCGAGGCCGAGGCAGUGGCGCAGGCCGCGGGCAAGUCAACACUGGCCCUGGAAUUCUCGGGGAAAGGCCUCCUCUUAUUACGGGUACACCUGACCAACAAAAUAUGCUUCAACAAAUCGUGAAUGACAACACGGGAGGAUCUCAAAGUCAACCAAAGAAGAAAAAUAACAACGGCCGUGGCAGAAGAGAUGGCCCGAUGGGCUUUAAAAUGCUAGAGGAGAUAUCGAAAUCGGAAAGUGUCGACAUAAUCGAAAAAAUAAAUCGGCAGAAAGCAUACUUCACCCUUCUAUUAGACACACCCGUCGACAGGAAGAAAAGCGACGUAUUCUUUUUGGUCCUCGAACUCGUUACAAACGUUUGGAAAACAUCUUUCGAAGAAUCUAAGAAGCUGCUCCUACUGGAUCUGCAACACCAAGUUUAUCGACCAUUUGCAACUAUACUUGAUGCAGUUGCCAUACACAGUAAGCAGGGAGGACAAAUAUUUCAACAAGUACUAUUGGACUAGGGAGAAAGAAUUUUGGAAUAAUUUCAUGAAUUUUUGCGAGUGUCUUAUAAACGUUUCGCCGGCGACGGCGGUGCAUAAAUGCAGGGCGCUCAUCGAAGCUACCAGCAAGAGCUGUUUGGAAGGCUUGAAGGAGCAGCAAGGGUUCGAGUUGCCUGAAGAAUACACGGCAAGAAUGACGAAAAUUCGGGAAAGUUUAAAAGUCUGCGAGCCGGUAAAGAUUCAAAAUCAAAAUAGAGCAGAAGGAAUUGACGAGGUCGGUGAGCCCCAGGAGAGCUUUCGUGAGCUGAGCGUGCUGCCUUCGGGUGCGGAGCUGCUGCAGCGGCGGCCGUUCCUGCGCGCCAACGUGGUGGAGGGCGCGUACGCGGACGUGGACCACUACCUGGACGUGCAGUUCCGCCUGCUGCGCGAGGACUGCUUCGGCCCGCUCAGGGAGGGGAUACAUCAAUACAUUGAAGACCCCAGAAGAAAGAAAUAUGAUAACAUACGCGUCUACCGAAACGUGAAAUUUUCCGAACCAUAUGCUUCCCAGCAAAAAAUUGGUUCCAUCGUGCUGUUCGACGAAAGCACAAUCAAGUCCUUCAAAAGAGUCAAAUGGGCUCACAGCAAACGGCUACUGUUCGGUUCCCUCGUGGUCUUCACCAAGGACAACUGCAAGAGCUUUCUGGUUGGAACCAUUCUGGAACGUGAUGAAAAAUUCUUGAACAAGGGACAGUUACCAGUGAACAUUGUAAACGAGGACAACUCUAACAUAUACAACGACGACCGAUACAUUAUGAUAGAAUGCGAAGUAUACUUCGAGCCGUACUACCACGUGCUGAAGGCACUUCAGGACCCCGGCUUUCCGGAGCACUUGGCUAUGAACAAAUACAUUGUUGAUGUUGAAAAAGUCCCUGAGAAACCAGGUUAUCUGACUCCUGGCACAGUUUAUGAAAUGCAAAAUAAAGAUUUCGAAGACGUGAAAUUCGAAGUUUUGGACGAUCACAGCUGGCCCUCGCAAACUGAGCUGAGUUUGAAUAAUACACAAUAUGAAGCACUUAAACUGGCGCUGACCCACGAGUUCGCCGUGAUCCAGGGCCCGCCGGGCACCGGCAAAACCUACCUCGGCGUUAAAGUCGCGGAAAUCCUACUUAAAUACGCACCAUUCCCUAAAAUCAAGUGUUGCAUGCUUGUCAUCUGCUACACAAAUCACGCCUUAGAUCAAUUUCUAGAAGCUCUUUUACCUAUCACCAGGUCUUUGGCUCGCAUCGGCGGCAGAUCACGAAACGAAGCAUUGAAUGAAUUUAAUAUUAAUAAUUUGAGACGUAAAGACCACAGCAGCUAUUACCAUGAAACAAGGAUCGAACUUAAAACGCAAAUCAGUGCAUUAGAUCAUGCACAAGCUCGUGUCGACGCCUUGAACUCUGGAGUGUUGAGCUACAAAAGUAUUGUGGCCUACAACCCAGAGUGUAGGCUUCUUGAAAACUUCUACAGAGGAGGGAACAUUAAAGAUAUUUUAAAACAUUGGCUCUUUGAACAUGUGGAUGAUGUCCAAAUUGAUCCAACACUGUUAGAACAAGUUGAAAAUGAAUCUGAUGAACCAGCAAAUAACGCAGAUAUCGACGAAGACAUAUUUGCUAGACAAAGACCUGUAUUCGAUAUCGAUGAUUUAGAUGAUGACGGCGAUCCGGUUAUAAAUCCAGGCUAUGACUUUGUUACUACAUCUUUCUCGUUGUCCGAUAAAGAGGAUCACAUAAAAUCUCUACUGCGAAAGUUUCAAGAUCUACAAAAUAAGGGUACAUCCCGCUAUGAAUUAAGAGAGUUAGAAAACGAGAUAUGUCGUGUGUACGCCGAAGUUAAACUUUUUAAGGAAAUGAUGGAACACCGGUCGCGUGCUCCAAGGAUACGCCUAACAAAUACACUAGAUGUAACUAUUGUGCCCCGUGUAGAACGUUGGGCAUUGUACUUUAAAUGGGCCAACGUAGUCAUGGAGGAUGUGAAGAAAAAAAUUAAAGAAAUUGAGGAGAGGUUGCGCUCUGUCGCAGUGGCCUACGAAGAAGCGAAGAUGAUGGUCGACCUCUCCGUAUUGAAGAGGACUAGAGUCAUCGGGAUGACCACAAGCGGAGCGGCGAGACUGCGCAAGUUGUUAGCUGAAAUAGCACCUCGAAUAGUGGUGGUAGAGGAGGCAGCAGAAGUCCUAGAGUCACAUAUAGUGACGUCUCUUACAAAAAGCUGCCAGCACUUGAUCCUCAUAGGGGACCACCAGCAGCUGCGGCCGUCAGCGGCGUACAUGCGGCUAGCACGGUUCUACCAGCUGGAGGUGUCGCUGUUCGAGCGCAUGAUCCGCAACGGCGUGCACAGCCGCCGGCUCGGCGUGCAGCACCGCAUGCGCCCCGAGAUCGCCGCGCUCAUCUCACCGCACAUCUACCCCGACUUGCAGAACCACCGCUCCGUCGAAGACUUCCCGCCCGUGCGCGGCGUUGUGAACAAUCUCUUCUUCUUUUCGCAUGACUAUAAGGAACAGUGCGAAGACGACAGUUCAAGUCGUUCGAACCCCCAGGAAGCGGACUUGGUGCUCCGCCUGGCGAAUUACUUGAUGCAGCAGGGCUACAAACCCGAGGAAGUCACAAUUCUCGCCGCUUAUUCCGGCCAAUUGUUCUACAUGCGAAAACAACGGUCACUGUACGACCACCUGUCAAACGUGAAGAUCACAGUCCUGGACAACUACCAGGGCGAGGAGUCGAAGAUAAUCCUGCUGUCGCUGGUGCGCAACAACGACCACGACAGCAUCGGCUUCCUGGGCACCGAGAACAGGAUCUGCGUCGCCUUGUCCAGGGCCAGGGAAGGUUUCUAUAUAUUUGGAAACAUCGAUUUACUCAAGAGGAAAUCAGAGCUGUGGAAAAAAAUUGCAGCGACUUUGGAGAAAAAUGGAUCUCUCGGAACGAGUUUGAAGCUCAAAUGUGAUAACCACAGCGGACAAAUCACUACGAUAACGUCAGUAAGUGAUUUCGUAAAAGUUCCCGAAGGUGGUUGUCUAUUGGACUGUAAAUAUAACUUGCCAUGCGGGCACGCCUGCCCUCGCGUCUGCCACGCAUACGACUUGGUACACGCCAAAAUACAAUGCACCAAGGAUUGUGAAAGGAAAAUCUGCCAAAUCGAAGGUCACAAAUGUCCAUUCAAAUGCGCUGAAGUAUGCAAACCGUGCAAGCGUCUUGUCAAGAAGUCGCUGCCUUGCGGGCACGACAAAGAAGUUCUGUGCUUCAAGGAGCCUGGCGAUCCGUCUAUACAGUGCUUAGCACCUGUCGACGUCACUUUACCUGAUUGUGGACAUCAGGCAUCAAAAGCGUGUUACAUGAAGAUACCCGAUGUCAAAUGCCAAGAGAAGUGCCCCAACGGCAGACUCAAGUGUGGCCACGCGUGCCGCAGGACUUGUCAUGUCAACGAUGACCCGGACCAUUUACGGUACACUUGUCUGAAGGCGUGCCCGAAGGCAAAGAAAGGCUGCACGGCUAACUUGGAAGGGGACCUCGGCGAGCACAAAUGUCUACGUUCCUGUUUCGAAGAGUGUCUCGAUUGCAACGUUCAGGUCAUCAAGAAGAGGUCCGGCUGCACGCACUCGCGGAGAGUCGCGUGCCACGAAGAUGUGAACGCGAAGCCUUGUCGCGAGAAGUGCGCGCGCUCGCUACCCUGUACUCACUUCUGCAAGAAAUUGUGCUUCGAGAAAUGCGGGGACUGCAAGCAAAAGACGAAAAAACCCAUACCAGGAUGCAACCACGAAAUUGAGAUCGAAUGUGGACGAGAGCCCACCCGUGCUCUGUGCAAACAAAAAUGCGAACGCAUUAUGGCGUGUGGACACGUCUGUCAGAUGCGGUGCGGGGAGCAGUGUGACAUGGCUAAGUGUACGGAGAUCACUCCGCGCAAAUUCUCGUCUCCUUGCGGACAUAACGUGCAACUGCCUUGCAACGUGUCUCGGCAAGUUAUGCAACAAGGAUCAGUGACAGACGGGACGCUACUAUCCGCGUGCACGGCGCUAUGCGGCGCGCUGCUCCGCUGCGGGCACUCGUGCGGCGGCUCGUGCGCGGGCUGCCGCCAGGGCCGUCUGCACCAGCCCUGCGCCGCGCGCUGCCACCAGCUCAACAUCUGCGGGCACAGGUGUGAGGAGCCGUGCAACCAGGUGUGCCCGCCCUGCCGCCGUAAGUGCGAGGUCAAGUGCCAGCACUCGCCUUGCUCCAACUUGUGCGGUGCGCCUUGCACUAUGUGCACGGAGACACCGUGCGUCCGCGCGUGCGUGCACGGUGUAUGCACGCGUGCUUGCGGCGCGCCGUGCUCGCGGCCGCCGUGCUCGCAGGCGUGCGCGCUGCGGCUGGCGUGCGGGCACGGCUGCCGCGGGCUGUGCGGGGAGCCCUGCCCGCCCGCCUGCCGCCUCUGCCGCCCCGGGUCCUUCCCCACCGACCUGCUCGGAGACCCUUACGAUGACGACGCCAAGUUAAUUCAGCUACAGGAUUGUCCACACAUUUUUGACGUCGAUACCUUGGACACUUUAAUGAACAGCAAAGACGAAACUGUUCAGCUUAAGGCAUGCCCCUGGUGCCGUCAACCUAUUGUUAAUACAUAUCGGUACAAGGACCUGAUCAAUAAACUAUUGAAGAACGACAUCAAUCCGAUAAAAGCUAAGGUGUAUGGAACGGACGCUGAAAGAAGGGCGAAGAAAAAGGAAAUGCUGCAGAAAGUUACCGAUCUAGUGGUAGCACAUAGUAGAACUUGCAUUGCCAGUAUUGAUUGGAAGCACGCGUUAUAUGCCAUUUUUAAGAUAAUAAAGCAGGCGCAAAAUGACAGAAAGAUAUCACUUCUGCAAUUAGAAAUGAACGAUAUAUACCUGAACUUCCUGGAUACUAUCGGAAAAUACUAUAUGAAGUACAAAGAUGCACAUUUAUCACGACUGGAAACGUCGAUGACAUCUCAGGUGAAACUGCUUUGCAACGUACUCAUUACUAAUUCGCGCAAACUGAGCCAGCAACAACAAUUGGACAUAGAUAAUGAGCUGAAACGUAUGAAUUCGAUGAUCCAAUUAGCUAAGAUAUUGAGCCACGAGAUUUACAAAUCUUCGAAGACUAACGAGACCGUGGUGCGAGCGACUGCCGCUGCAAGAGAAGCCGUUUUGAGUUGGCGCGUGUUUGACGAAAGUAGGGGGGUGGAAUGCUUGAAGAUGCUUGAGAACGCGGUGAAGUUGUCGGGUAUUGCUAGCAGGGAGGAGCGCGCGAUGAUAGUACGAGCGAUUGGGCUGAAGGCGGGGCACUGGUACAAGUGUCCCAACGGACACUUCUACUGCAUCGGCGAGUGCGGCGGCGCCAUGCAGCUGUCCACGUGCCCGGACUGCGGCGCGGCCAUCGGCGGGCAGCGCCACGCGCUCACGGCGGGCAACCAGCACGCCAGUGAGAUGGACGGCUCGCCGUAUGCUGCCUGGUCGGAGCUAGCCAACAAUAUGGCGAACUUCAAUUUUGAUUAGGAUAAGCUUUCAUUGUGUAGGAUCACAGAAUAUAUAAUAGUACAAGUACAGAAGGCCCACUGCUUUGAUGUUCACGAAA